AAUGGUUUAGAUUAGGGCCUUGGACUCUCCGGUACAGUAGGUGGCGGGAUGUGCUCAUACCCAUUGCUUGCAAACAGUUGUGGAGAGACCCGUCUCUGUUGUGAAACUACCUAUAUAGUGCAAUGAAUUGUUUAAUUUGUCAUGGAUAUAUUUUAUAUUCAUUCCUGGAUGGAAUCAAAGGACACACCCGGCCUGUUUGAAGACGCGUAAUAUACACGGAGAGGAAGCGCCUGUCUGAUACCCACUGAGGUCAUGGAUUUCCCAGGACACUUUGAGCAGAUAUUUCAACAGCUGAACUUCCAGAGGUUGCAUGGACAGCUAUGUGACUGCGUGAUCAUGGUAGGCAGCCGUCAUUUUAAGGCCCACCGCGCUGUGCUCUCAGCCUGCAGCACACAUUUCCGAGCUUUGUUCACCGCUGCUGAUGGAGAUGCUAGCACGAGGAUGAUCCACCUGGACUCUGAGGUGGUGACAGCUGAAGCGUUUGCUGCGCUUAUGGACAUGAUGUACACAUCCACGCUAAUGCUAGGGGAGAGUAAUGUAAUGGAUGUCUUGUUGGCCGCAUCUCAUCUGCAUCUCAACGCCGUGGUGAAAGCUUGCAAGCACUACCUUACUACCCGUACUCUACCCAUGUCUCCUCCAGCAGAGCGUGGUAGCCAGCAUCACUCCGAGCAGCAACAGGUAGCAGCUAACUCUCAUCUACAACGUUCGUUUUUGCUGCAGCAGCUUGGCCUGAACCUUGUAAGCUCUGCCCUGAGUGGAACUGAAGAUGGGGGAUCGGGGACCGGGAGGAGAACGGGUUUGGGGUGCGCGAGCGGGUUGGUGGAUCAGCGUGGUUCUCACCCGACACGACGUUUCCUGAAGCGUAAACAGCCUUUGGGCCUAAUGACUUCUGAACGGAUGCGACCGCGUAUUUCUUCACAGGUAGAGGGAAUUGUGGCAGAGGGAGAGGUCAGAGAUGGUGGAGAGGAGCUUUUUUCACCGGACUCCCAUAGUAAAAUUGUGGAUGAAGUCGUCGCUGGGGUCAUUCCCGGGGAUGGCUUGCUAGAGCAAAAUGACUAUCGAAGAGGACUGAUGCAUGAGGACAUGCAGCUUCCAAGCCAGUCGGAUGGGGGCAGGGGAGCCGGAGCGGAAAAAGCAUUGCUGUUGCCGCAUAAAGAGGAGUAUCCGGAUGCGGGGCAUCACCGUGUUGAUGGAAUAAAGAUAAAGAAUGGAGGUGGGGAUGAGGAGCAACAGCAAGACAUGCAAGUCGUGGUGAAGAGUGAGCCACUGAGUUCACCCGAGGCUGUGGAUGAGACGAGCGAUGUUACUUCCCAAGCAGAAGGGAGUGAUCAGUUUCCUCAGGUAGGGGCAGUGGGCGAAAAGCUGGAGCUGAGUCCUGAGGGCAGUGAUCGUAGCUUUUCCGACCCCCAGCCCAGCUCUGAGCUGCUGAUCAAAGGAAACAAAGGAUUAGGAGCGGGAGAGAGAGACGGAAGAGUAGAGCAGCUCUCCUGCAGCGAAGCUUUAGAUUCCUCCGGAUUACACAUCUCCAGUUUCUUGGGUGCGAAGAGCUUUGCCGGCAGAGCGGCAUCCUCUAACCUUGCCAGUAGCAUUGACAAUGUUCCCAACACUACAACUGGAGAUUUCCAGGCGGACCACGAUUCCUCUCGCUUUUUCUUUUCAGCCGAUUCCGUCAACGCUGCAUCUUCCUCAUCACUGCACCUCCUGACGGGGGAGGCGCAGGUCUGCUCCGACCUGCAGCCAGAGUCUCUCCUGCGGUCUGCGCAUGAUGGAAUAGCAUCGUCCUCUUCGUUAGCGUCUCGUGGUGGAUCAGUAGACCAGCUUGCGUUGGAGUUCCAACGCAACAUUUUGGGAUUGCAGACCCUUCCUCGGUCAACCAGGGGUGGCGGCGGAGGAUGCAACACGUACCGACGUAUUGCUCCCAAGGUUUCAGUGGGAGGUGCUUCAAUGCACAUGGAGUGUGCUCAGCAGCAAGAUGCUGCCUCCUCUUCCUCCUCAAUGCUUCUGAAUGGGGUAAACUUCGAUUCUUCUCUUUCUGUAGGUCAAAACACUGCCAACUCCAAUUUGAACCCGUUACCCCAGUUAACCAGGGCUUCUGCGGAUGUCCUAUCGAAGUGCAAGAAAGCACUUUCGGAGCACAACGUACUAGUGGUGGAGGGAGCCAGGAAGUACGCCUGCAAGAUCUGCUGUAAGACUUUCCUCACUCUGACAGACUGCAAAAAACACAUCAGAGUUCAUACCGGAGAGCGACCGUAUGCCUGUCUAAAAUGUGGCAAACGCUUUAGUCAGUCCAGUCACUUGUACAAGCACUCGAAAACAACCUGCUUGCGAUGGCAGGGCAACGAUAUGUCUAAUGCCCUGCUCUAAUUUCCAGGCACUCCCAAAACCAUUUAAAGAUGGUCGCGCUAACUUGAUUGUAUACAGAGACCUGUGCAACACAGUAUUACAUCUUGACACCUGCUUGGUGGUAUAUGACGUGUAAAAUAACCAGAUGUAUUCAUUCAAGUAGUAGCUAUUUAAACGGUUUCAUCUCUGUAAAGCUCUUGUUAAAGGGAUAGUUCACCCCAAAAUUAAAAUAAGCCCAAAUUUUGCUCCACCUUAAGCCAUUUUAGGUGUGUAUGACUUUUUCUUUAACCCAAACACAGUUGGAGUUAUAUUAAAUUAAAUAAUAUUCUGGCUCUUUUCAGCUUUAUAAUAGCAUUGGAUAGUGCCCCAUUUUAAUGCUCUAUAAAGUGCACCCAAAAACUGAACCAUACAGUUAUUAAAUAUCUUCCGAAUUAAA